AUGGAGAAGACCGGCAAGGAGGAAAUGAUCCGGCCAACUUGCUGCAGUUCGAAGGUGGAUGCUUUGGAGUAUGCAAACGACGGCUUGCAGGGAAUGGACGAAGACAUCGUCGAGCUGCUGCACAAAAUCAGAGAGAGUCAAGAAAAGGACCCGGCAGCGACCGGCGCCCACUGUGGCUUCGUGACGUUCGCAGGCCGGCGUUUUGCCGAGCUGGCGCAGAGUCUUCAAAUCCAUGCCGACAGAAACCAAUGGCAGGUCUCUGCUGCGCCGCCGGCAGAUGAUCUUCGGUGGUCGGACCUGCGAGGAAGCCGGGAGUUGAACAACGGAAAGCGCCUGGUGGGAUGCCUUUGCGUGGCGGGCUUGUACAUCGGCUUCAUGCCUAUCACUCUCGCAAUCACGGUGUUCGCCAAGCAGCUCGAUGUAGGACCAUUCCAGCCUCUGUGGAAUGCCUUCGCGCCCACUCUUGGUCUCACCAUCUUCCUGUCCUUGCUGCCUUCUGUGAUGAUGGCCAUCUUCCGGGCGUUUUUUGUGCUCAAGGCGGAGUCGUUCGCGCAGCACAAGCUGCAGUUUUGGUUCUUCGUCUUCCAACUGAUCUUCGUGGUGCUUGUCACAACGGUGGGCAACUCCCUGCUGCACAAGUUUACGACCCUGGUCGAGGAUCCCACUUCCAUAUUCACCGUCCUGGGUGAGAGCGUGCCGAAUGUCACCCACUACUACAUGACGUACCUCGUCCUCCAGUGGAGUGCACACGCCAUGGAGAUGCUCCGGUACAUGAACUUGAUCAAGUUCCAGUUCUUCAAGGUGCUUUUCACUCCGGAGGAAGCGAAAAACCUGUCCGAGCCGGAGAACCAGGACAGCUUCGGAUUCGGUGCUCGCAGUGUCAACCUUUCCAUCAACGUGGUGCUGGGCAUCCUCUUUUGUAGCAUUUCGCCAUUGAUGCCGGUCUUAGCCAUGAUCGAUUGCUUGCUUGCUCGGCUCAUCUACGGGUACCUCGUCAUCUACACGGAGACCAAGAAGCCCGAUCUGGGUGGCGCGUUCUGGGUAACCCAGCUUGGCCAUAUGCAUUUGGCUCUGGUGCUCUACGUGAUCCUCAUGGUGGGUGUCCUCCAGCUUCGGUCAGAUGAGCCGGCACCAGGAAUCAUCGCCGCUUGCAGCCUGGUGUUUGUCCUAUGGUCUUUCAUCCGUUUCCGGCAGCAGUUCAGGUGGCAAAGGCUUCCUUUCAAGGAAGUGGCCUUUGUCGCAGAAGAGACCCUUGACCAGCAGAAGGACGAGGGUCGAGGAGAGGGAGAGUUGUCGGCCAAGUGCUAUGUGCAACCCGAACUCCGCGCAGCAGACAGCCUCGAAGCCGAAGCGACAUUGGCCUAA